AUGGACAUUCUCACUGAUACUGUCAAAGAACGUACGAGGCAUACCAGAGCUUAUAAGAUUCCGGAUAUUGAUGAUUCGAGGUUGAUAGGUUUGAGUUCUCGGUUGAAAGGGGAGGUUCUCCGUGACUUCAAUCGUGAUUAUGGCAAUUUGCUCUCCAUCCUCAAUACAUCUUUUGAUCUGAUGGCUUUGAUCACCUUGUUUCAGUUCUAUGAUCCGCACUUGAGCUGUUUUACAUUCCAGGACUAUCAAUUGAUCCCAACACUCGAGGAAUUUUCUUACAUACUCAACAUCCGAAUUACUGAUGAUGUACCUUUUGUUCGAGUUCCUAAGGUCGUGAGAUUUGAAAAAAUAGCUGAAGCUCUUCACAUGGGUAUAAAGGAGGUAGAAAGAAAUUGGAAAUCAUCGGGCGGUAUUCCUGGUUUCUAUCUUUGCUUUUUGAUUAGUAGGGCUGAGGAUGCGGCUAAGAAAGAGCAGUGGGUUGAUUUUAGUCGUUUGCUUGCUAUCAUGAUCCAUGGUAUUGUCUUGUUCCCCUCAAGGGAGAACUUUGUGAGUUUGGCGGCGAUCUGUGUCUUCAUGAACAAAAACCCCGUGCCAACGUUGCUUGCAGAUGCUUACUUUUCGAUCCAUUCGAGAAGUAAGAAGGGAGGAUAUGUUGUUGGUCUUGUUUUCCGUUGUUGUAUCAGUGGUUCAUGUUGCAUUUUCUGGUGGAACUAUUGUGUGGGGAAGAUUUGGAACAUCGUCACUAGUUGCGGUCAAUAUCCCAACGUUCCUCUCAUGGGAACCAGAGGUUGUAUUAGUUAUAAUCCCACACUCGCCUAUCGUCAAUUGGGAUAUGCAAUGGAAAGGGCUCAGAAUGAUGUAGAAGCGUUUGAAUCAGUGUACUUUGCUGAUGGUAAAGAUCCUCUGGAGCUAGAGAAGAUACCGUAUGCUUGGACUAAAGUCCAUAGAAGGGAUCAGACUACUUUGAGCAAGAAGGUUCCUAUUGCUAUGGGUCCUUACAGGAAAUGGGUUGAGGCAAGAGUGGCAAAUCUAUUGCUGCCAUUUGUGAGGUCAAGUCCAUUGUAUGAGCAACCUCCCGUGGUUUUAUCUGAUACAGUUGCGGAUGAAUUCUAUAUUCAAGCCGAAGCGGACAACAUCAAGCUAAAAGCAAAGGACAAUGAGGUUGGCUUGGAAAGGUAUUUUCAGGAUCACGAAAAGGCGGAAUUGGCUCGUAAGCUCAAGCAUGCGCAAGGUGAAGGUUCAAACAUGACACAUACUCAAAGGCGAUCUCAUGACUUGAUGGAAGAAAGCUUAUACCGAAAACAACAAGAAUGUGUGAAGUUGCGAAGGUCUGAAAACAAUAGCAAGAGAAAGGUGCAGGAUUCGGAAAGGCAAUUGAUGGAAGAGAAAGCCAAGUCAGCUCGACUUGAAGAGGAGCUCGCAAACCUCCGAGCCCAACGGAGAGGAGAUGGAGGAGCUCAUUCUGUUAUCAGACGGUCCUAG